GCAAGAUGACGAGGGCCGUGUCACCGUUGAUCCCCGCGGUACCCUGGCGACCAACGGGCCCAAUGCAACGCAUUUUAACUUUGACUGACCCCUCGUGUCUGCCCUCACUUCUUGUCAUUAGAGACCAUGAUCCAUCUCCUCACACUUGGCCGACAAGAUGAAACCUUCCCAGAUACAGAUCCUCCUGGCAGGCCUCCUGGUCGACGUCGUCUCAUCUCAAGCCCCCAAGUGCCCCGACUACUCGAUCUACUCAAAGUCCCGCCAUGAGCCCUUCUCCUCUGGCAAGCAUGCCCUCUCAUCAGCCCGUCCGGCUCCUUCAUGCCGCACCUUCAACUCAACCACAGUCGAGACCCUCCUGAGUAACAUGACAUUGGCCCUCGCCGACCCAGACUUGUACCGCCUCUUUGAAAACACAUACCCUAACACCCUCGACACGGCCAUCCGCUGGCGCGGGCACGCCGCCGACAACCGGGCCGAGGAACUCGCCUUCAUCAUUACGGGCGACAUCGACGCCAUGUGGCUGCGUGACAGCGCCAAUCAGCUGCAGUCCUACCUUGCCCUGGUCGAACCCGACCCGGCGGCGGCCAACCAGCCCGACUCCAUCGCCAGCCUCUACCGCGGCGUCAUCAACCUGCAGGCGCGCUACCUGCUGACGGCGCCCUUCUGCAACUCGUUCCAGCCGCCACCGGAAAGCGGCAUCCCGCCCGCCAGUAACCCGGCCGCGGCCUCCGACAUCGUCUUCCCGACCUACGACAAGUCGGCCGUGUUUGAGUGCAAGUACGAAUUGGACAGCCUCGCGGCGUUUUUGCAGCUCAGCACAGACUACUACGAAACCACGCACGACGCGGACUUUUUUGGCAAGUUCCUGUGGCUUGAGGCUCUGCAGGCCGUGUUGGAGACGGCCAAGUCUAUGACGGCGCCUACCUACGACCCGGAUACGGGCGCCGUCCUGCCCAGCGCCUACACUUUUACGAGGCAGACGACGCGCUCGACUGAGACGAUGGCCAACGACGGGCUGGGCAGCCCCGUGCGGGAGACGGGCAUGAUACGGAGCGCCUUCCGCCCCAGCGACGACGCUACAAUGUUGCAGUUCCUUGUGCCCGCCAACAUGAUGUUCGCGCGGUACCUGGGGAGCGCCAAGCUGAUCGUGGACGCGCUCGCGGACAGAGCGCCGGCCGGGCUGGCGGACGAGAUGGCGGCUUUCUCGACGAGUAUCAGGGAGGCGGUGACCAAGCACGGCAUCGUGCCCGUUGUGAGCACGAACGGGAGCGGUGUCGAAACGGUGUAUGCGUACGAGGUGGACGGGUACGGCGGGGCGGUGGUCAUGGACGACGCGAACCUGCCGUCGCUGCUGGCGGCGCCCCUGUCUGGGGAUUUGUCGAAUAUAGACCCGGUGUAUGUGCGGACGAGGGCGAGGCUGCUGAGUGCCGACGGGAAUCCAUACUUCAUGAAGGGGUCGGUCCUCGACGCGAUCGGCGGGCCGCAUGCGGGGCCGGGCAUGGCGUGGCCCAUGGCGAGCAUUGUGCGGAUACUGACGUCGAACGACGAUGAGGAGAUCGUGAGGGUACUGCGGGAGCUGAUAGGCAGCACUGACGGGCUGGGGCUAAUGCACGAGAGCGUCAACUCAAACAAUGCAAGCCAGUGGACGCGGCAGUGGUUCUCGUGGGCCAACGGGCUGUUUGGCCAGAUGAUUCUCGACCUGCGCGUUCGAAAGCCGCACAUCCUACAGCAGAGUUUCCAGUGACAUGACUACAGUGUGGGCAGUGAAAAUUCAAGCUACAGCUGAAUGUUUCGGCCCGGAGACCCCAGUAUCCCCCAAUGUCUAGAGUAUCCACUGUCGUUGUGCAGUAAGCUGCUUGUGUCUGAGUGCCGCUGGGAGCCGUCGGGGUCAACAGCAUGUACCUGCGCCAGUGCUGACC